AUCCCAAUAUACCAAGUGCGAGGGAGUUUCCUAUUCCAUCCUCGUGGUCGGAGUCAUCCCGAGUGAUCCAUUAGGGGUUCCAAGGCACCACCCCGACCCGUAGCAAUGGAAAAGGGGAGGAGAAGACUGAAGACUGCAUGUGGCCCUUCCUCUCCGCGGAAGGGCCAGUUCCACCGAACCGACAGAGUGGAAAGUGGAAGGGAAAGUUCACCAGUGGAUCCCAUUAGCUUGGUCUACCGAAACCUUAAGAAGUUAAGGGGAAUCUGGAAUCUUGGAUCGACUGGAGGGGAGACUUAAGAG